AAGAGGAGCGGGCGGAGGGCCUGACCAAGGGCACUGCAGCGGGUGCUGGGCUGCUGCAGAGGGCUCUGAGCAGCCGGGGAGGAGUAGCUCAUCAUCGGCACCCUUCUCAUCGGUCCAUCUGUCUGUCCGUCCAGCCGUCUUCGACUAGCAAGGCAGGCAGCUGAGUCCAGAUCUUGGUCCCUCACUUUCUAGCUGCCUUCAAUUCUGUCUCAGCUUCUUCUUCUCUAGUGGGGGUGAUAAUAACAUCUUCUGGUCAUCUAUCUAUCUACAUCUAUCUAUCUAUUAUCUAUCUAUCUAUCCAUCUAAUUUUCCCCAUUUUUUCAUCUCUUAUUAAUCCAGAAGGAGCCUGUGGGGCUCACCCAGUUGGAAACAGUCCUCUAAGGCAGCAUCACACCUGUGUGUGAGCGUGGCUUGGAUCAUUGUUUUGUGGAAGAGUAACAAUAGCGGGCUGGGAACAUGGCUUGGUGGCAUAAGCGCCUGCCUGGCAAGCUCAAGGUCAUGGGUUCAAUCCCUGGUACCAAAAGAAAAAAAGAGUUGCAGUAGCUUUGGUACCACAGCCUUGGGGUUUUUCAGCUCUGGUUUUUCUUACCAUAUUUUAGGUGGUUCUUUAACCUCCCUGCCCUCGAGUUUUGUGGUCUGUCCAGGAGAUCUCAGUACAACCCCCUCCAGGGGAGCCAAUGAUCAGUCUCAGUUUCUUUGUCUGUAGAAUGGAGCUAGUAUGGUUCCCAUGGGCAGAGAGAGGUGAGGAGCCCUGCCAAUGGUCCACCUUAGUUAAAGGUUGGCUCUGUUGUCAUAUUUUUGGGAACACACGUGGCUCUAAGGAAGAAGGGGGUUGAGUGACAGUGGCAGGUCCCAGGGUGCAGGGCUGGGGAUCUCCCUCCCCUCAUCCAUGCAUGUUUCCCUGGAGCGUGGCUGGUGGCUUUUCUGUGCCCAACAGGUAACAUUAAACCGAGGUCAGUGCCUGCUGCUUCUCACUGACACAGGUAGGGUAGUGACAGUGACAGGCUGUGGCCCGGGCUGCACCCUGUGCUGUUUGCAAAGUUAGCAGUCACCGUGGUGCUGGGUGCUGCUCCACUGUACAGGUGAGGAGACUGAGUCACAGUUAAGUAACCUGACAGAGACCACAAGCAGAGCAGAUGUCAGUCCCCUGCCAUGGAUCAGAGCAGAUUCCCUUGAGAAGGACUAAACUUUCCCUGUGGACCCUGCUCACUUGGCCUUUUGGCUACCACUGGACACCAGCCUCCACGAGAGGUCAGUUCCACUGGCCAGAACUCAAAGAGGACCAUGCAGUACUCACACAUGAGGCACCACACCACAGUCCCCAAGGAGAAGGAGGUCACAGCAGAGUGGCCUCCAAAGGCCAGACUGCCAGUGUCCUCUUUGCCAUUCACUGAGAGUUACCUUGGCAACCGCUCCAUGCCCCAACGCUCACCUGUCAAAUGGGGGGCUAACACCAAGGUCAAGGAGAUGCCAGUCUAGGAAAGUGCUCUGUAAACCAUAAAAGCAAAGCUCUGUCCCAGGAUAAACCCUGGCCCCGUCCUGAGAGAGCCGCCAGGGCACUGGGGAGACCUGAAAAUGCAUCCCAUGGGUACUGAGAAAAAACACUUAGCUGAGAGGCUUUGUGGCCAGGAGGGAUCGAGAGCUCAGGGCCUGCCCGGGCUGAGAGGCGAGGAAGACGGAGCUGCCAGUGUGCUGGGGUGAAUCUGGGGCUGUAGUGGGAGGGCAGGCAGCCAGGCAGCUCAGGAAGCCUCGAAUGCAGAAGUUAUCAUCUGCAACAGUGGCAUUGUAGGGGUGGGCGAGGUGGGCACCGUGCUCCCCCAAGAGCACACACUGAAUGAACGCAUUUAGAGACUCCUGUCCCGCGGGAGGGAGCAUACACUGCUGCCCAUCCCUGCCCUCCCUGGAAACUUCCUCUGGGAGGCGCUGGCCACCCGGCCUGGGCUCUCAUCCCAGCCUCCCAGACACUGCCUCGCACCUCGGUGGUGGCCACAGCCCCUCCACACACACACUGACCCUUCUUGUGACCAGGGUAAAUAUUACCUGGCACUGUUAAUGUUUAAUGCCCCCCUCAUCCCUGGCCUCCCUGAGGCAGAGGCAGCAGGAAGAGGGCAGUGGAGACAGGCCCUGGCAGCGGGGGACAUGGCGGGAUUGUCCACAGGUGAUGUGUCCUGCUAGGUCACCUGACCCGGAGCAGGCAUUAGACAGGCCUGCGGGCAGAGGAGCAGCUUCCCUGGUCACCUUCCAGGGCUGGAUUUACAAGGGAACCCGCCAAGGUCAGGACACAGCCCAAAAGCUUCUCAUGGAGCCCGGGGCCUGCAGGGCAUCUUCUGACGGAGGAGGAAGCUCCAAGAGCGAUGUGGACCCCUUCUACUACGACUAUGAAACUGUCCGGAAUGGAGGCCUGAUCUUUGCUGGCCUGGCCUUCGUCGUGGGGCUCAUCAUCCUCCUCAGCAAACGAUUCCGCUGUGGCGGUAGUAGGAAGCCUCGGCCAGUCAGUGACAAUGAGCUGUAACACUAGAGUUGGCCAUGCCCGCCGGUGCCCGGGGCUGGCUGGGAAGCCAAGGAGGCCCUGUCUCCCCCAGGCUGUGGACCUUUGUUCCCGUCACUUGUGCUGAAGGCAGCACCAGGCUCUGCGUGACCCCCGGAUGGAGCCACCUGUGCCCUCCCCUCCGCCUCCCUUCCUCCUCCCGUGUCGGCAGCACCCUCUGAGUACAGAUGCAGCCUGGUCUCA